GGAAGGCCAUUAUCGUCAAAUAAAUUAGUCAGCAGACAAAUGCCCUUCCAUCUCAUUUUGAACAAAGCUCUGAUACAUAACCUAAACCUGUAGAUUCUUGCAGCGGAGAGGAACGGAAGCUACGAGUCUCAUCGUGACUCUUGUUUGUGGGGAAUUUCUUUUCUCUCAUUUUACCAAAUUAUCUUCGUCACUGACAGGGAUUGUGGCUUGGACUUUCAGUGGUUGAGCAGAAUAUGGAAGAAGAAAAGAAGCAGGGAGAUGAAAAUGUUGCAGAACCCUUAACAAAGUCAGAAUCAUCUGGAAAACAAACAUCAAAGUCCCUGAAGGCCAAAUCUAAAAUUGCAAAGUCUGCUACAAAAAAGGUAGUGAAAAAGGUAGUAAAAGCUAAGAAUGAUGAAGAUGCCUCUAAGGAUCCAGAGAAUGUCAAAAAGGAUAGUGAGAGUGUAUUAGAGGAAAAGAAAGAAGGUGGAAGCAUUGAAGAAAAGACUGAUAAGGAAUUAAAUCUGGGAGAAGAAAACCAACAGAAGGAUGAGAAUGAAGCUGCACUUAUUGAGAAGAGCAAGCAGUUGGAAGCAAACCAAGAAAAGAUUGGGACAUCCAGUAAUAGAAGACUCAGGAAGAGGAACAGAGGAAAGAAUGGUGCAUCAAAGAGUAAAAACAGUUUACCUCAAAGUGAUGAAAAGGGAAAAGAAGCCAAGGAUGAUGCUAGGUCUGAGAGGGACAAAAAGAAUGAAGAAAAACAUGUUGACAAAGAAAAGAAAUCACAGAAUGAGAAAACGGAAGAGAGGCUUGGUGGAUUGAUCUUCAUGUGCAAUGCAAAAACCAAGCCCGAUUGUUUUCAUUAUCGCGUUAUGGGCGUACCAGUGAACAAAAAAGAUAUUGUUAUGGCUGUCAAACCUGGUGUUAAGCUGUUUCUCUAUGAUUAUGAUCUCAAGCUUAUGUAUGGAAUAUACAAGGCAUCAUCUUCGGGUGGCAUGAAACUUGAGCCAAAAGCUUUUGGUGGAUCUUUUCCUGCCCAGGUGAGGUUCACUGUACACACAGAUUGUUAUCCGCUGCCUGAGAACGUAUUCAAAAAAGCAAUGAAGGAAAAUGUGCAUCAUUAUCAGGUGACCAAGCCAGAUGAAGGCCUUCCACCAGUUUCAUCUCGAUAUUCUUUUGCUGGUCCAUCUAUGCUUCAGCGGCAACCUUGCUGGCUUAAGAAACUACGAGACAGCUUAAAGAACUAUUGA